AUGGAUCGUGCCAGUCAGGCACUGGCGGCAGCCUUCUUCGCAGACCAGCCUGGGACAUACCGCGCUGUUGCAGAGAAGAGCCAUGUUCCUCGCUCCACCCUUCAUCGUCGUAAGCACGGAGGGACGUCAAAGGAAGUGAAAGCCCAACGCCAGCAAUACCUUACUGUAGAGGAAGAGAGAGCGCUUGUUUCGUUCUUGCUGCUAAUGUCUAGCCUUGGACAACCCGUUCGGAUCAAGUACAUACCUACGCUAGCCUUCAGCAUCGCCCGCCGGCGGUCCACAACGAAUAAUCCGAUCAAGCCUCCGGGCAAGAACUGGGCGCGCGCCUUCGAGAAACGCCAUCCCGAACUCAAAGCGAGACGAGUUAGGUCGAUAGACUGGAAGCGCCACGAGAACAGCAUAUACGAUAAGGUAGUAGAAUGGUUUCAGGUGAUCGGCAAGGUGCUGCAGGACGCAGCGGUACUGCCGGAGAACGUGUACAAUAUGGACGAGACGGGCGUCAUGCUGAGCAAGCUUGGCUCGGUCAAAGUCCUGGCAGGUAAGGACGAUAGACGUGACUACAGAGGUGCUGGCAUGAAGCGGACGAUGGUGACUGCGGUCGAGUGCAUAAGCGCUGACGGGAGAGCGCUGCUGCCUCUUAUCAUCUGGCCAGCCUCGACCCACCGAAGCAACUGGACUACGUAUCCGACGCCUGGAUGGCACUAUGGAUUCUCUGACAACGGAUAUAACGACUCUAAGGUCUGCCUAGAGUGGCUUACGCGUGUUUUUGAUCCUCAGACUAAACAGCUAGCUAGUGGGAAACCACGAGUGCUAAUCUGCGACGGCUUCGGAACUCACGAAACACUAGAGAUCCUGGAGUUUUGCUUUGGUAACAACAUCAUGCUGUGCCGCCUCCCCUCUCACACUUCCCAUAAGCUGCAGCCGUGCGACGUUGGAGUGUUUGCGCCCUUGAAAACGGCCUAUCGCGACCAGGUCGAACGACUGAACCGAGGGGGCAUAGACACGGUCGGAAAAGAGGACUUCACCUCGUUAUACGACCCCGCAAGAACAAAGGCGUUCACGAGGCGGAAUAUCACGGCUGCUUGGUCCGCAAGUGGCUUGUUUCCGUUCAACCCACAGAGAGUGCUACGAGACACACCAAAGCCGCCUGUAGGUCUUACGGUUUCUACAGCUAGUGAGAUUAUGCGACCCAACCCUGGAGACGAAGUACCAGUGACACCGGCAACACCGGUGAAUGCAGAUGGUCUGAUGUCGCUGCAUGAUCUGAUCAAACAGGACGCUUCCAGGCUCGAUGAACUAAGUGAAAAGCGCUUACGGAGACGUGUACAGAAGCUGGCGAGUGCGGCUCAAAUCUCCUUCGCCAAACAAGGUCUCCUGCAGGACCACAACCGGCUCUUGGCUAAGAUCAACAGCGAAGCUAAGGUCCGCCGAGCGACUCCAUCGGUUGUGCUAGGCAAGGGAAAGGCGAAGGUGAUGAGUUAUGAGGAUCUCGAGGAGGCGCGAGCAACGCGUGCGGCCAGAGACAAAGCCAUCGCGGGGAAUGGCAAAGCAAAGCGCGGUCGUAAGCGUAAGGUCGCUGAGCAGGAGUUGUGUGUACCAGAGCCAGUUACCCAAGUCGCAAGGACGAGCGAAGUUGCAGGGCCAUGGAGAGCGCCUGUAGCGCGGAUGUAUUAA